UGAAAAAAAAAAAAAAAGCCCGCUGCCCUCUUCUUCCCCGAUCUGCCCUCGUGACCUAAUAGAAAAAUAUGCAGCAACAAAAUACGAUUCUUUCACUCCAGCUUCCCUUUUUAGAUAGAGAACAAAACACAAAUCGACGCAUUAGUCCGACCUCCUCCUUCUCCGGCCAGAGCUACGUCAACAGGAGCCAUGAAACUGAAGCUAUCAACAAAAUUGUCCUUCCAUGUGUUCUAGACAAUGGGAAUGAUGCAGAGUGGUUUGAGGCGUUAGAUGGUGAUUGGUUUAAGGAGGAAGUAGAAAUUCUGUAGAAUUAUGUAUGUAUGUUGGUACUUCAUAGAAGAGAUCAUCACCCUCUUUGAAUCUUGAAGAAUGCAAUAUAUAAAGUUGUCAACUGGGUUGUUACUCAUGUUUUUGGAAUAAAGGAAAACACUCAAAUUAGUUUGUGUAUAUGUAGAAAUUCAAUCA